AUGGCCGACUCCCUCUCCUACCUCAUUUGCAACGCCUGCGGUACCCAACAUCCCACCGCCGACCGAGCCUCCUUACCCACUUGCUUCAUCUGCGAUGACCCCCGCCAGUUCGUGCCAGCCUCCGGCCAGAGUUUCACCACGCUCCAAGCUCUACGCGACGAAGGCACGCGGCGCAACGAGUUCAUCCCCCUACCUAACCACAGCGGACAUUCUACCGGCGCAGACCCAGAGACCCCCCAGCUCACAGCCAUCGUGACAACCCCCAGCUUCGGCAUCGGCCAGCGUGCUAUCCUUGUCCGCACGCCCGCCGGUAACGUGCUUUGGGACUGUGUCGCUUACCUGGAUGACGCGACGGUUGAGGCCUUGAAGAGGCUGGGUGGGAUCCAGGCGAUGGUUAUAUCACAUCCUCAUUUCUACACGACGCAUCUUGAGUGGGCGGCGCGGUUUGAGUGUCCUGUGUACCUAGCCGCGGAGGAUGCGCAGUGGCUGGCGCGGCCGGGGAAGGAGCAUGAUACCGAGGGGCGGCGAGUGUUUUUGGAAGAGGUCGAGACGAAGGUGGUGAUUGGCGGGGUGGAUAGCGGAGUGAGGAUUGUGAAACUGGGAGGGCAUUUUCCGGGGAGUCAGGUACUUGUGUAUGACGGGUACAUCCUCACAGCAGACACGCUGAUGAUGACGCCGGCUGGAAAGUCUACCUGGAAGGUCGAUGCUCUCGGGAACCCUAGGACGCGGCCACCGGGGGUGAACUCCUUCACUUUUAUGUGGAGUAUUCCCAAUAUGAUUCCCUUGAACCCAACCGAGAUCACUAGGAUUUGGCAUGUUGUCAAAAAUUACGAGUUCCGGAGCGCCCACGGUGGAUUUGUUGGAGCGGACAUUGUCGACGACGUGAGCCUCAAGUCGAGGGUGUUGGACAGCAUGAAGAUCCAGAUUAGGGCGAUGGGGUAUGACCAGCACCCAUUAUUGGAGGAGACGGUGUAA